AGUACUGUUUUGUCUGCGAAACUGAUCGCAACCAAGUAUCAAGAAGAUUUUCGUGGCAAAGGAAGACUUGAACAGAGAGCCAAAUUUAACAAACAUGAAAGUUUUAAUAAUUUGUCUGCUUGCUCUGCAGGCAUUUAUGGCAGGUGCAGCAACCACAAAUGGUUCGUUAAACGAAAUAUCAACCAAUUUGGAUCAACAAUGCGGAUCUUAUUGUUAUACUCUUCUAAGGUCCUUAGUACAGAGUGGAGAAAAAGCCAAAAAUGAUAUUGAAGAAAACGCGAUUGCAAUCAGAGACAAGGACAAUCAAAUAAAGGUACUUGAAGCAAAAGUAGCCGAGCUUCAAGCUAAUCUGGAGUUCUAUAAAGAAAAGGAAAACCAAUACGAAGAGCAAAUUAAAUAUGAUAAUGAUCUGGUUGCAAACAUAAGUCUGAAAAUGGAUAGUAUCAGAAACAAAGUAGGACAAAUUGCGCAAAUCAACACAAAUACAAAUACGACUCUUCAAACUAAAUGAAUACUUCAUAAUAUCCCAGAUGUUGCGGAAAACACAUUCAAAAGUUCGGGUUAGGAGUAACAUUGUAAUUAUAUUUUGAGAAUCAUAUGCACUUACAAUACAAAACAUGU